GGCUGCAUUUCUUUAGGAGGGGACCUAGGUCCUCAAAGGCACCGAUAGCAGAAGGCAUCGCAGUCCUGAUGGACAACCAUGAAAUGAAGAUGGGAAAGGCUGGCUUUGGCUGUAGGAAAUGGUUUGGACAACAAUGAAAUGAAGAUGGGAAAGGCUGGCUUUGGCUGUAGGAAAUGGUUAUAGAUGGUCAAGGGAGGGGAAGGAGGGAGACACGCUCGUACACAGCAUGGAGAGGAUUCCUCCAGUGCUGCAAAGCCAGGAAAGCAAAAACGCCGCCAGGGAGGUCAAAAUAACUUCUUGUUACCCGCCCAUGUUCUUACACAAGUAAAAGAGGUUCCUAGAAGUCUGAUUCAGCCAUUUGACAUCCCAGCGGUCAUCUGACGAAAUGGGAACAGGCAAUGGUGGAGAAGAAGCUGUCCUGCAUGGAAUUGCGUGGGACAAAUAUCUAAGCCGGCUCAGCCGUGCGGACGGAGCAGGCAGCCACUUGUCAAAGGUGGCUUCAAAGGUGGCAACAACACCCAUGGCAACCUUGCUGGAUACCACAGAUUAUCCUGCCAAUUCUACCGAAUACUCUUACGAGUACUUGGAUGAGGCAGAUUACAUGCUGUAUGGUCUUUGCACAAAGGAGGACGUACUCUCAUUUAGCAGAGUAUUCUUGCCAGCAUUUUACACUUUGAUUUUCCUGGUCGGGUUGGCUGGGAAUGCCCUCCUGUUUAUGGUCCUGAUUAUGCACAUCAAGAAGAAGAAGAAGAUGACUGAGGUGUAUCUGCUGAACCUGGUGGUUUCAGACUUCCUUCUCCUAAUAACCCUCCCUUUUUUGGCCCUAUACAUUUCUCAGUGGGUGACCUGGGCCCUGUUGUGCCCGCUCUUAAACACUAUGUACACUGUGAAUUUCUACAGUGGUGUCCUUUUUGUGGGCUGCAUGAGUCUGGACAUGUACUUGCAGACAGUCCAUGCUUGCUCUCCUCGCAACUCAAUGAAGCAGAGGAAGUCCAUCCUUAUCUUGUCGGUGGUUUGGAUCCUUUCCAUACUUCUCUCUGUUCCUGAUGGCAUCUUCACAAACAUCAAGCCAAUCCACAACAAAACUCUCACGUGCACUCAUGAUUACGGUCAGAAACACUUAUUUUGGAAAGUUGUUUUUCAGGCCAUUCGAAACAUCCUGGGCUUCCUUGUUCCGUUCCUCUUCAUGGUGUUCUGCUAUUCCCGCAUAGCUUGUGUCCUCACCACUUCUCCCAUCCCUGGGUCAAGGCGAGCACUCUGCUUAGUCUUUACUCUGGUGGGUGUUUUCUUUCUUCUGUGGUCCCCUUACAAUGUUGUCCUCAUCCUUCACUCCCUGCAAGAUGUUGGUGUGAUCAGGAACUGUGAAAGGAGUAGGCAAUUGGACUAUGCCAUGCAGAUCACAGAGAGUUUGUCCUUGGUCCAUUGCUGUCUCAACCCCUUGCUCUAUGCUUUUGUGAAGAAACGAUUUCGGUUGUAUUUAUGGAAGAUCCCUAGGGCCAUUAUGACAAGAAGUGGUUUCCUCGACAUCCAGCUUUCAGAAACAAGUCAGUCUUGUAGCAGAUAUGCUGCUCAGAUAGAGAUGUUGAGUAUCACAAAUGCAUGAUAAAUGUUUACAUUACACUGAAAUAAAUGCAUGAACAUGUA